GGUUGAUGAAUGCCACGCCUUCCGCCCACUUCUCCUCCCCAAUUGACACCAAAACAAACCACCAAAUUGUCGCGCCCACUGACCUCCGCUCCUCGCGCCCCGUGCACGCGAUGGGCCAGCGUGACAAUUGACUCAACGAUUUGACUUUCUGCAUUCAACCUGCACCAGAAACGCGACUGCGACAUGGACUCCGCUUGGCGGCAAGGAGGAGCUGCGGGAGGCUGCUUACAGACUCCCACCUUUGGCGGGCCCUUCGACGCAGCACAGAACAACGAGGACUGGGAGGAAUGGCUGCGAUGGGAUCCGGCUGCUGAGCCCACUUCGCCCGACGACACCUUCAACUCCGCUUCAUCCAAGAACGACUCACCCCUCCAGGACCCCGUUUUCCCUGCCUUUGGCGGGAUCAACGAUGAACCUCUGGCGCCACCGCUUAUCGUGGGCGACGACAACCUGGGCUUUGGAGACGGCACAGCAUUGGACCCCGACUUCGCGCUCUUCGGUGCUGGCGACAUCAAUACCGGCUUCGACUUCUCCCAAAACACCGGACUAGAUGCCUUGUCGAGCAUUCCAAAGAUUGAUACCAAUGUCGCCCAAUGGACAUUACCCUCGAAUGCAGCAGUCGAUCCUAUUGCUUCCCUGGCUGUCGAAAAUGCCCAAGUCCCGACUUCCGCGACCUCAUUGACCGCCGCGACGCCGAGCUUGCACCAAAGUCCUGGGUCUUCCAAUACAUCACAGCGGGGACAGAGCAUUACCUCCACAUCGCCUUUGCCGCCAAAGAAGAAAGGAGGACGCAAGAGGAAGGCUGAAACGCAGCCGGAACCCAGCGGAGGCGAUGGUGAUGGCGACUCACCCGAGGGGGAGGAUCAUCCGAACAAGAAGAUCACCUCACACAAUGUCAUUGAGAAGAGAUAUCGCAACAAUCUGAAUGACAAGAUCAUCGAGCUUCGACAAAGUGUGCCCAGCUUGCGUGCUAUGGGCCGCUCCAACAAGGGAGACAAUUUGGAAGAUCUCGAAGGCCUGACCCCUGCACACAAGCUGAACAAGGCGACCAUCAUGGCCAAAGCUACCGAGUACAUCAAGCACCUGGAAAAGCGCAACAAAACGAUGGCUGAUCAGAUGGCUGCGCUGAAGGAGCAGCUGGCGAGAGUCGAAGCUUCCGUUGGCCAGUCGAGGCAAGGAAGCGCUCACAGCAGUCCGAUCUCUGAGUCCGACCGAUCCCGAGCAACCUCUUCUGCAGGACAUGGCGCCUCGCCAAACUUUCUCAAUGUGCCUCAGGAUCAAACGCGCUUUGGACAGCCCAUUGUGCAGCAACAGUAUAUGCAGGCGCAAGGCCAGCCAACAUAUGCUCGGCCCCCGAAUCCACCCGUUGAGGCGCAAAACCAGCAGCCAAUUGCUAAAGGCCAUGGUAAAGGCUUCGUGAACAAGGUGAUGCUUGGAACGAUGGCCGGUGUCAUGGCUAUGGAAGGGUACAGCGAGCAUCAACAGUCCGGCGAAGGUACUUCUGGAUUGGCCGCGCUACCUACAGCACUCUUCAAGCGCGGCAUGGAAGGUGGCAUGUCAUCUUCCUCCAUGGCAGCCAUGUCACGUCAAGCCCUGCUGCCAAUGCUCAAGGUCUGCAUGGUCGUUGGCACGCUUCUCUACUUGCUUGCUCCGUUACUGAACUUCUCUCCACGACGCAAACAGAAGAUGUCUACCACAGUACGCCUUCCCAAGGCUCCCUCGUUGGCUUCACCGGUAGAAGUUCGCCGGCAGGCCUGGCUCACCGCCAUUCAAACUGUAUGGGUUCCCAAGCACUUCCUUCUAGAAGUUGCCGCAGUGGGUGCCAAAAUGUUCCAGCUCAGCCUGCGUAGAUUUGUCGGCCCGGAGGUCUUCAUGGCACUCACCGGCACCAAUAAGGAAGAGGAGGCAGCGCGUGUCAAAGGAUGGGACAUUGCCAUUGAUGCACAGCUUGCCGGAGGCGACGCCCAAGUUUCGUACUAUCGACUAUUACUGACUUUGAUGGAGAGCGGUACCCUACCCGACUCACCGGCCAGACUCAUGCAAAAGGCCGUCCACUUCCGCGUCUUCUUCUGGGAAGUUGCUAAUGCGGGUUAUGGCAACAUCCUGGGAUUCAAGUCCUUCACCGAGAAAGUCGGCCGAAUCUACUGGGAUUCUGCUCGCCGUCAACAAAAGGAACUGCUUGCUGCCAAAGCCCAAGGCCGUCCCACAGAAGAGGACGACAUUGAUCUAUUGCCGGAUCACUUGGCACGGCUCGUCGAGCUGGACUGUGACGAAGUGCUCAGCGACGAGAUGAUCCAACGUGCGUGGAAUCUAGCGUGGAACAAACCCAGUGCACAUUCGCUUGAUCCCAACGCGGCCAAGGACAAUGUGGUCGAGGAUCACGCUAUCCGCUCGCCCAUCGACGCUGUUGCCGCGUGGUAUGCGAACACCACCAUCGACGACACGCUUGCGGAUACACUGACUGACAACGCCUCCACGUUCGACAUUGAGUACUACCUUGGUCUUGCCUUGAGCGUGGCGCCGCCAGCGUCUAGCACGCAUGUGCGCGCACUAACCGCCAAGGCUGUACUGUCCAACACCAACCGUGCUGCAAACAUUGUCGUGGCUUUGGACGCACUGCCCGUCAUGUCUCCUACGGGCGGCAUGAAUCUGGUCAGCCAUGCUCCCGCGUCGCCCGAUGUUUUCACAUCUUUGACGCUGGCUAAGUUGAUUUCACUUUCAACUAGCUCGUCACCGAAAGCUGCCCGCGAGCGCGCACUUCGCGCCCUGAACGGCCUUAAGCUUGCUCCUGGCCAGUUUACACUUCUGACGGCCGUUGCUGCUUAUCGUCUGCUUCGCACGCUGACCUCCGGCAACACUGCUGCUCGUGCUAUGGGCGUGGAAGAGCUUGCUGGCAGCCUUAGGGUCUGGGCAGGAACAACCACCGGUAGGGCUAGCGGACUUGGGCACGUGGGCCGGACUAAGAUCGUGAAAUUGUGCUUGAGCAUUGCGAGGGAAAUGGGAGGCUGGGACGAAAAGGACAGCGGAUAUGCUUCGGCGGAUGGUGCUCGCAGUCAGAGCGCCAGUCCGACGCGAGUUUUCACGUAAGCACGUGCAGGUCGUGAAGCAAAAUGACAUGACAGGGGUUUUGAAUUGAUCAGUUCUAGCAAUUUAGCGAGCUGGAGCAUUAGACAUGUUCUUCUAUAGAUGUGCAUGAAGCACGUAUUUCGACC